AUGUCGUUGGUACCACUUCCAGAAUCACUCGUACCGUUCCUUGAUCCAUAUUUGCCCAAGCCAAUCAAUGAGAAGAGACCCUUUGUCACUUUGACCUAUGCCCAGUCAUUAGACUCGCGGAUUGCCGCUCAAUCGGGCGUGCAAACCAAAUUAUCGCACUUGGAAACAAAGACAAUGACACACUACCUACGGUCGAAACAUGAUGCUAUUCUCGUGGGGAUUAAUACCGUUUUAGCCGACGAUCCGAAAUUGAAUUGCCGGUAUGAUGGUGGGAGUGGUGGUCAAAUUAAAAUUAGGCCUAUUGUGUUGGACCCGUUGCAUAAAUGGCAGUAUAGCGAGUCGAAUUUGCGAAAAAUUUGCGAUGCUGGUCAAGGAUUGGCACCGUAUAUUCUUGUCGAUGAACUGGUGAAGGAUGUUGAGCAGCCAGUGCUACUCAGUCAAGGUGGCAAGGUGGUGAAAUUGCCCUUGCUCAAAAAUCGAGCUAAUAACUGGCACAUGAUUUUUGAUAAGUUGUACGAAAUGGACAUCGAGUCCGUCAUGGUUGAAGGUGGAGCCUGUGUGAUUAACGACUUGCUUGGUGGAUGUGGACCAGUUGAUAGUGUCAUUGUCACUGUAGCCCCUGUGUUUUUAGGUGAGAAUGGAGUACAAGUCUCACCCAAAACUGGCGUCAGUCUUACGGAUGUGUCCUGGUGGACAGGGAUUCAAGAUAGCGUACUUUGCGCUCGAUUAUAA